UGAUUUUUUGUUCUUCAGCAAGGUUUAUAGAUCCAGUGAGCUGUUCAGAACAAAACAUUUUGGUAGUUUGUGUCUAUUAGAAUAGCAGAUUUCUACAUUUAAUUCUAUCAUCAAGGCGCUAACACAGCUAAUGGCGACAGCAGUAAUUUAGAGCUCACCUAUAGGUGCACCUGCCUGUCAGGUGGGCAAUAUUUCAUGUCUGCACAGUAAUCUUAAUAAAGAUAACCAGGAAGAAAAGUUUUUCAGGAAUCUCGUGACGCUGACGUCACGCGGAAUGCGGAUCGUAUUGUCCGAGAUAAUUGACCUGAAAACAAAUUGAGACCUCAGAGCUUCAGAAAAUGCCCCGUUUUCUCUGCUGUUGCUGCUUCUCAAGUGAAACCUCCGGCAACGAGAGGCAGCCUCUCCUGCAGCCCACACCACCUGAACUGAAAGAACCUGAAUCAGCCAGGCAGACCCGACCAGCACACAAUGAUGCACAGACUGUGAGGCGGAUCGGCAGGCUGGUGAUGAGGAGGGUGUGUGUGCCAGAGUUGGACCAGAGGUUUUCAGACAUGGCUGAGACCUUCAACGAGCAGCAGCAACACUAUGAGUCCAUGACCCGACACAUCGGCAACCUGCGAAGGAGUUGCGACUGUACUCAGGGUGACAGUCUGGCUAUAUCUGAAUGUGUGGGGAUGAUCAGAGAGGAGCACAAGGCAAAGUACAGGGUCUCCCUUAAGAUGAAGGGCUACGACUUCUCCCUCUGUGUGAUCCCUGUGGGGUCAGAGGGUGAAAGCGAGGAGGAGCCGAUAUCUCCACUUCUGCGAUUAGCUCAGGAUGAACUGAAGGGCACUUCAGAGAGCGCCAAGGCCGCCAUCUCGAAGGGCACUACUCUGCAAGAGCUGAUCGGCUGGCUGCUCCGAAGUAAGGAUCAAAUGGCUGAGCAAGUGAAGGGGGCAGCAGCAACUUACCAGGAGCAAGGAAGACUGAAUGAGAACCUGGAAGAGAACAUGAAGGAAGUGAGGAGGGCGAAGGAACUGUCGCUGAGUUACAGACAACAAGCUGGGGAAGUCCUCACUGAGGCUGCAGAGAUAACAGGGACUCUUCUGUAGUUCAUACACAUUUUGAAUACUUCAGCUGAGUCCACCAAGUGCAUUACAAGUAUACAGGAUACAAAGAUUAUACACAUUCUUUGACACUUGUGGGUAGAAUUAACCACUGCCUGCACCACUCAGCCAAGGAAUCAGGAAAAAAAAAGUCCAUUUAUGCAUCAAAACUGCAGCCCAUCUCUAGGAUUAAAAUGUAUAUUGGGUCUCUACUUCUGAAAACAACAUCAGGAGUGUUAGUGUCAAUGUUUCAGAGCCGAUAACGAGACAUGCACACACAGAAUGCCAUACACAGGCUGUUGCAGCCUCUUGUAUCAUGUUUGUUAUAAGGACAUGAAGACAAAUGAAAUAAUAUCAGCAUUUUUAAUCAUUUUUAAAAUGUUUUAUCAACAUCUUAAAAAAAAAAAGCGUGUAUGUAUUUUCUUGAAUAUGUGAAAUGUAACCAGCUAACAGUAGGGGGCAUCGCACACUCACUUUUAAAUUCUAAUACUGUAGUUUUUUUUUACUUGUAUAAAAAUUCCUUGUGUCAAAAAAAUAUUAUUAUUAAUAUCACUGUUAUUAUAGAAUUUUGUACCAAUAUAGAAACUUUUAUUUUUGCAGAAUUUGCCUCGAGGAAUGACUAUUAAUUGGCGUCCUGGAUGCACAAGUAUUCUGGUUGUGACACUAGAUUAGUACAUUUCUUCCAUGAUAGUUUUUGCCUGCCAUAAAACAGGACACAGCCUCUCACAGCAGCAAUGAGAAUUUAACUGGAGGUUUUAUUCUGAUAUUGUGAUUGUAAUUGCAUUUUGUUAUUGUAAGAUUCAAAUUGAGCAGAUUGUCGGCUUGUUUUCCACAGAAGCUCCACUGCUUUUAUUAACUGAUUAAAAAUAGCAGUUUUCCAGCUGCUGUUAAUGUGAAAGCCAACAAACACAUGAUCAUAUGCCAUCUUGAUAAUUAAUUUUGGAAAAUCCAUUGUUACAGAGGUCAUUGUCAAGUGGCCAUGCAUUAUUUAUCUGGGAGAUACAGUUUUAGAGCGUUGCUUUUGCCUUAAGCUUUACAGAUUAAUUUGGUAUGGACUGUGGCGGAUAUAGUGAGUAAGAAGAGAGAACAUUGAGUUGUUUUUCUUGCAAUGAAAAUGUUUGGUACAAAUAAGUAAAUUAAUACAUAUUGUAAAUUUAAUUAUUUAGCUGUAUGCAUGUUUAAUACAGGCAACCUAUUCAUGUCCUUUGUUGCUUUGUUUAGAUCACCCUAUGUUAUUACAUUUUCAAAAAAGGAGUAAUUGUCUAUGUUCAUAAUUAAGAAAUUAAUUAUUAAGAAUAAAACAUAAUUCAACUGUGGUUUAAAUGUUGCCUUAUAAUCGAUUAUUUUUACACUGCAAUCAAUUGCCAAAUGCCAAUAAAUUUCUUAUUUAUGUGAUUCAUUAAUAGCAUGU